AUGUCGUUUCGAACAUGUUUUCUCGGUGCAACGGUAGCGAGCCAGGGGGGGGGAUGGGAGAACGGCUACGAAGCGACUGGAGAGGCGGAUCCUGAUGUGACUUCCAGCUGUGACCAUUGGGCUAACGAUGUUCAAUCAUCUGAUACCUGUGAGAUGUUGGAAGAUUACUUUGGUAUCACCAUAAAGGAGCUGGUAAAUUGGAACCCCUCUUUGGAAUCUGAUUCUUGUGUCCUGGAAACUGGACUCAGCUACUGUGUUUCUGGCUCUAUUGCGACCAGCUCUUCAGCAGUAGUCACCGCCACUCCAGUCGUUACUGUCACGUAUCAUAGUACCGCUGCACCUGUCCAGAGUGGAAUCACAAAAAGCUGCACUGAGUACUACAUGGUUCGCAACGCGGGCGACGAGAUUUAUUUGCUCAUUUGUGGUACUUAUAGUUCCCUCAAGGGUUGCAACGAUCUGGUAGAUGGUGACUAUUUCUGCGUGGCCACGAAAGCUUCGACUGCGUCUUCAAGUUCUUCCUCAUCAUUCUCUACCCAGACCGGCUGGCACUUUGUCUCAGGCAAUGACACUUGCAGCUCUAUUCGUAAGGAAUAUGGUGUUACACCCGCAGAAUUCUAUAACUGGAAUCCAGCCACUGGUGCCAAAUGUACGAAUUUGUGGCUGGAAACUUAUGUCUGCGCUGGCUUCACAUCGGCUCCGGUGACAAAGGCCACCAUGCAAAUGACAACAUCAAUUGGUGCAGUAGUGACAUCCCCUGUCCAGAGUGGUAUUGCUUCCAACUGCACCGAGUACUACAAGGUCCAAUCUGGUGACACAUGCUAUGCUAUUGCACAAGACCGCGACGUCAGCGCGGCUGAUUUCCUGAAGUGGAAUCCCGCUGUUGGACCCGCUUGUGGCGAUCUGGAGAAAAAAGUAUAUGUCUGCGUUGCAGUUUGA